GCCAGGAUGCGUCGCGGAGCGCUGCGGGCCAUCUUCGUGAUCCCCGUGCGGGCGCGACUGGCGCGCCUCAGGCGAUGGACCAGGGACCGCCGCGCCGCCAGCCCCUCAGCGGCCAGUGGCAGGAAGCGGCCCUUCGACUUGGCGCUGUGGAACAAGAGCAUCUCGCAGCGGUGGCGGCGGCUGCGCAGGCGCUGCUCGUCGUUCACGACGCCGACGUCGACGUCGCCCGGGUCCGGGCAGCAGGAGCGGCUGCUGGAGGCGCCGGCGACGCCCGUCCAGGUGAAGGCGGCGUCGGCGCCGCGGCACGCGCACAUGGCGUCGGCACUGAGCCGGUCCGCAGAGCGGCUGGACGCGCGCCAGCGCGCCGCUGAGCCCGAGGAGGCGGCCACCCCCGGGGGCGGCGGCUCCACGCCCGGCCGCGGCGGCGGCUCCGUGCCGCUGCUCCGCCGCCUCCACGCCGGACUGCGCAAGCGCAGGGCGCUCUCCGUUCACGAGCCGGCCGUGACGGCGCCGCUGCCGCCGCCGCCGGCGACGUCGGUGUCGACGACGUUCUACGUGCCGUCGCCGCUGGUGGAGGAGCCGACGUCGCUGCCGCCCACGCUGGGCGGCUGCAGCCGGCGGUCGUCGGGCCGAGGCACCAGCACGGGCACCGACAGCGACAGCACCGGCACCGCCUCUUCCUGCUCGGCCUCCGGCGCCGCCGACCACGGCUACCACAGCAUCGAGCGGCCCCCGGCCUCGCAGCCGCCCCACGAGCACCCGCCCCCGCCGCGCGCGUUCGCCAUCGGCGGCGUGGUGUCGCGCCAGGCCGCGGAGACGCCGCUGCCGCCGCCGGACUCUGGCCCGGCGUCGCUGCCGCCCGACGACGACCUCCAGCGGCGCCGCCGCGCACUAGUCGCCGAGCUGCAGCAGCAGAUCCGCAGGGGCGCGCCGCACCGCGACGGCAGGCACCUCGCGGCAUCAACUGGAGAGCGCAUAUCAGAAGUGGUGGAGGAGGAAGCGGAGGGUGAGGGUGCAGCAGACGGAGAGGAGGAGAGCCGUUUCUGCACGCUGCCACGCCACGGCCGUGGGGCUUCCUUCACCAUCCUGACUGUUGCCUUCACCAAGGGGCCGGGCCACAAAGGGCUCGGGUUCAGCAUCGUCGGUGGUCGCGAUUCCCCACGCGGUUCUAUGGGCAUCUAUGUCAAGACUGUGUUUCCUCAUGGACAAGCUGCAGACUGCGGGAGGCUCAAGGAAGGUGAUGAGAUUCUAGCUGUCAACGGCAAGCCGUUACAUGGUCUGAGCCAUCAGGAAGCCAUAGCUGUUUUCAAGGACUUUAAAAGUGGACAAAUGCUGAUUCAUAUUGGACGCAGAAUACCAAAACGUCGACGAGAAUCACUUCCGCGGCCUCUGGCGUAAAAGCAUUUGUAGUGUUGCUAUAAUGCCACUCACAAUGCAGUUUCCUGUGUCAGUUGACGCUGCAAAUUGUGAACUGAUAUGAGGUGCUAGUCCUUAUGCUGAAUGAAACAGACAGUUUUAUCUUUGACUGAAGAACUUACUCUCUUUGUUUUAUGCUCGAAAAGUUGUAUUUAACUUGUGUAUUCUGAAGCAGAGAGAGAGAGAAAAGUGACUGUGUACAAGAAGACCUUUUUUGAUAAAUAUUGAACAGAAAUUUUUAGUAUAUGUGCUUUACCUGUACAGUGGAUAAUAUACAAGUUAGUAAGUUCCAUUUAAUAUAUAAUUUUUGUUAUAUUGUAAGUUAGUUGCUGUUUUCUCAAGUUGUAAUAUUACAUUUACAUGUGGUAGCUUUAAAUGAGUACUUGUAUUUGUUCUGCCUGUGAUACUGAGAAUAUUAAGAUAUAACACAGCACUCUUCCAAAGUGUGUGAUGUAUCAUUGAGUUGGUAGUUCUAUCUUGAAAGAAAUUGAACAUUUUUGGAACACAGAUUUUUAUUGUAACAAGAAAGGAUGCAAAUAUGCAUUCCAAGGUAUCAGACCUUUCCAGUCAUCUUCAGACAAUUGUAAACAUUAUUCUGUAAUGAUUCAAAGAGUAUCUGUUCUGAUCACAUAGAUGUUAAGUUACCACAACUGGUUUUAGUUGUUUGUUUUCCCUUUAGCUGAUGCAGUAAGGACAUCUUUGUACAUAAGAUUACUUCAGAAUUUGCAACUGUUGUCAAAAGGCUCUUUUAUAUGUACCAGUAAUAUGCUGCUGUAUUUGUGACAGGUUAGAACUGUUAUAGAUACGUACAUGAAUCUAAAAUACCUGUCUUUUUCAAACAGAUUUAUUCCACUAUCAGUAAGACAAUUUAUUGCAAUAUACUGUUGUUAAACCCUGUUAGCAUUACAUUGAAAAUUGUCAGCACAGAUGUGUUGAGGUGCUGUUAUCUCAUGCAUGGUUAAUAGCUUUCAAAUAACAGUAUAUAUUACAAAAAUUUAACCUGACUGAGAAGUUCAGCAUUCAGUGGAGCGUUAAGACUCGCAUUUAUUUAAGGUGCUGUUUAAGGGGGAAAAAAAAGAAACUGCAAUUUUUUUGCAGCCGUCUUUUUUCAUGGCAGCUUAGGUAUUGAAGUAAUCUCUUAUACUGAUCUAAAAUUAGAAACAAUAGUAUGUGUAGUGUGCAGUUACUAGUCACUUUUCUGAGAAUACUGUUUCUCUGUGUACCUAUAAAAUAAAGU